UGUCAUUCAUGAGCUUUUACAUAUAACCCUCAAUACAUUAUGUAAACAGCAACAAAUGCUUAAUCAAACAAUAUAUUUACAAUAUUACUCAAUUAUUACUAACAUAUUAAAAAUGCAACAGCUUUGUCAACCGUUGAAACCCGGUCAGAAAAAAAAGGAAGACAUUUUAAAAAACCAUUAUAGAAAGUCUCAUCAUCAGAGCGGAUAUAACUGGGAGAAAGUAGAGUUCCGUGACAAAGAACGUUGUAGGAGAUGUAGUGAGAUAACUAGGGAGUUCAUUGUUCAAAGUAAAUUUAUUAUCCAAUUACAUAAAUGUCACCACAUACGAGAUUCAUUUUCCUGCAGGCAUACUCAAUAAAUCUCCACAUGGCCUUGAGUCACCUGGACAAUACAAAUACCUACGUCAGUGUUUAACAACACCAUUCGUACAGUUCUGAUCAAAAUGCUACAGAACUUGGGCCUCUGUACCUUCCUCUGCAACUGGACCCUCGACUUCCUUACUGAAAGACCACAAUCUGUGUGGAUUUGUGAUAACAUCUCCACCUCGCUGACAAUCAACACUCGUGCAUUUCAAGGAUAUGUUCUUAUCCCACUGCUCUACUCUACACCCAUGAUUCUGUGGCUAGGCACAGCACAAAUGCCAUCGAUAAAUUUGCUGAUGCACAAUCAUUGUUGGGUGUACAGGAGUGAGAUAUACCAGCUAGUUGAGUGGUGUUGCAGCAACAAACUUGCACUCGACAUCAGUAAGUCCAAAGAGCUAAUUGUGGACUUUAGAAAGAGUAAGAUGAGGGGACACUUACCAUUCCUCUAGAGGGAUCAGAAGUGGAGAGAGUGAGCAAUUUCAAGUUCCUGUGCGUUAAUAUUUCUGAGGACCGAUUCCAGUCCCAACAUAUUGAUGCAGCUAUAAAAAAAGGCAAGACUGCAGCUAUAUUUCAUUAGGAGUUUGAGGAGAUUUGGUAUGUCACCUAAAACACUUGAAAAUUGAUACAGAUGUACUGUGGAGAGCAUUCUGACUGGCUACACCACCAUCUGGUGUGGGGGGGGGGGGGGACAUGGUGGGCUACUGUGUAGGAUUGUAGUAAGCACCAGAGUUGUGAAAUGAGUCAGCUCCACAGCUCCAUCAUGGCUACCAACCUCCAUAGUAUCCAAUCUUCAAGGAGCAGUGCUUCAAAAAGGUGGCAUCCAUUAUUAAGAACCCCCAUCCCUCUUCUUAUUGUUACCAUUAGGGAGGAGAUACUGAAGCCUGAAGGCACACACUCAGCAAUUCAAGAACAGCUUCUUCUCCUCUGCCAUCCAAUUCCUAAAUGAACACUACCUCACUACUUUAUUAUUUAUAUUUUUGCAUUACUUAUUUAACUAAUGGAUAUACAUAUACAUUUAUAUAUUUACUGUAAUUCACAGUUUUUGCUCUAAAUUUUCAUGUAAUGCAUUUUACUGCUGCAAUGAAUUUCAUGACACAUGCUGGUGAUAAUAAACUUGAAUAGAAUAAUAACCAUAAUAGAAUCAAUGAAACACUGCACGUAAUUGGGCAUUUGACCAAUGUGCAAAAGAAAGCAAGCUAUGUAAAUACAAAAAGAAUAAUAAUAAUAAUAAAUAAAUAAGCAAUAAAUAUUGAGAACAUAAGAUGAAGAGUCCUUGAAAGUGAGUCCAGUUUAGUGGGAAUAUUUCAAUGAUGGGUGAAGUUAAGCUGAGCUUAGAAAUCCCCUUUGGUUCAAGAGCCUGAUGGUUGAGGGGUAAUAACUAUUCCUGGAGGAGUGAAUCUUGAGGCUCCUGUACCUUCUUCCUGUUGGCAGUAGUGAGAAGAGAGCAAGUCCUGGGCAUUGGUAGUCCCUGAUGAUGGAUACUGCUUUCCUGUGACAGAUCUCCAUUUAGAUGUGCUCUAUUGGUGGGGAGGACUUUACUCGUGAUGCACUGGACAGUAUUCACUACUAUUUAUAGUAUUUUCCAUUCAAGGGCAUUGAUUUUUCCAUACUAGGUUGUGAUGCAGUCAGUCCAUAUACUGUCCACCACACAUGUAUAGAAGUUUGUCAAAGUUUUAAAUGUCAGGCUCCAGGGUACCUAUGGACGACUCAAGCAGCAGCAGUACUCUCAAUGUAUACAAUUAAAUAUUCUCAUUUCAGCCUGAUACAGCUUAAAAGCACAACUGCUUCCAAGGUCAGUACAAUCAACAAAGAUGUCUUAGUGUGUCCAAAUGAACUAUCGCUGCUUAAAACUGACGGAAACAACUCUUAACUGUGGAUGGAAGCGCCCACGGAGGAAGCGUGGCAGUAGAUUAGGGCUGAUGAUGGUAUCCAUUAAUCUCGCGAGACCAUGGAUCUGCACCUAGAAAGUCUUUCUCUCUCCAGGGCGCAGGCCUGGACAAGGUUGUAUGGCAGACCAGCAGUUUCCCAUGCAGCAAGUCUCCCCUCUCCACGCCACCAAUGUUGUCCAAGGGAAGGGCAAGGCCUGAUACAGCUUGGCACCAGUGUCAUCGCAGGAGUUGCCAGAACGAGGUUGAAGGCAAUGUCGGACUGCCUUAGGGACUCCAGCUCCCGGAUUUGUCCUCAGGGUUUACUCCUGAAGCCUUUCCCAUGAGUGGGUUUGAAAUCAGAGUUUUCCCUCUCUUAGAUGGACUGCCUUCCCAGGCUGACAAGCUCCAUCUACCCAAAUAUCAGUGUGUUUAAGGAAACGGGGUUUUAAACUCCCAAUACCGAUUAUCUUGCUGGCAAACGUGCAGUCUCCAGUGAAUAAAAUCGAUAAUCUCAGAGCUAGGGUGUUGAAUCAGAGGGACAUUAGGACCGCGUGUGUCAGGAUAGAUCUAUAGAGUCUCUCAAAAGCAGAGGUGGAGGAGUAUGCCUCAUGAUCAACUCUUCUUGCUGUGCAAAUAUAUCAGUGCUGUCCCAAUUCUGCUCACCAGACCUGGAAUAUCUAGCAGUGAAGUGCUGUCCUUUUUAACUACCACGAGAGUUCUGUGGGGUCAUUCUGGUAGCAGUUUACAUUCCACCUCAGGCCAAUGUCAAGCAGGCUUUAGAUGAUCUGAGUAAUGGGAUCAACAUGCACAAAACAGCGCACUCUAACACCUUCACCAUUGUUUAGAGAGAUUUUAACCAGGCCAGUCUGAAAAAAAUCACUAAGCAAAUACCAUCAACAGAUCACUUGCAACACCAGAGGAAACAACACACUGGAACAUUACUACAACACUAUCAAGAAUGCCUAUUGUGCUAUUCCACACCCUCACUUCAGGAAAUCUGAUCACCUGACUGAACUCCUCCUCCCCGAGUAUAGACAGAGACUGAAGACUGCAACACCAGCAGUGAGGACCAAGGAGGUUUGGACAAGGGAAGUACAGCAGUGCCUACAGGACUGCUUUGAAUUGGUGCAGUGGACUGUAUUCAGGGAUUCAUCUUUGAACUGAGAUGGGUAUGCUGCAGUUGUUACUGACCUGUGUGGAUGAGUGUGUGCCUACGAAGAUUUGCUGCACAUUCCCAAACCAAAAGCCAGGAGGUACGUCGUCUGCUGUAGGCAGAUCUGUGGCAUUCAAGUCUGGUGACCCAGGCCUGUACCAGAAAACCAAGUAUGAUUUGCGGAGGGCUAUUUCAAGGGUUGAAGAGACAUUUUUGAACGAGGUUGGAGGUGACAUUGGAUGUACAACUUCGGCAGGGUUCGCAAGACAUUUCUUCCUACAAAGUGAAACCCAAUAAUAUGAAUGGCAGCGAUGCUUCCCUACCAGAUGAGCUCAACGCCUUCUAUGCCCGCUUUGAAAGGGAGAAUACAACUACCACUGUGAAGGUUGUACCUGAUGCACCUGUGAUCUCUGUCUCAAAGGUCAAUAUUAGGCUGUCUUUAAAGAGAGUGAACCCUUGCAAGGCGAAAGGUCACAAUGGAGUACCCGGUAAGGCUCUGAAAACCUGUGCCAACCAACUAGUGGGAGUAUUCAAGGACAUUUUCAACACUCACUGCUACGGGCGGAACUUCCCACUUGCUUCAAAAAGCCAAUAAUUAUACCAGUGCCCAAGAAGAAUAACAUGGGCUGCCUUAAUGACUAUCGCCUGGUAGCACUCACAUCUGCAGUAAUGAAAUGCUUUGAGAGGCUGGUCAGGACUAGACUGAACUCCUGCCUCAACAAGGAUCUGGACCCAUUGCAAUUUGCCUAUCCCCACAAUAGGUCAAUGGCAGAUGCAAUCUCAAUGGCUCUCCACAUGGUUUUAGACCACCUGGACAACACAAACACCCACGUCAGGAUGCUGUUCAUCAAUUAUAACUCAACAUUUAAUACCAUAAUUCCCAUAAUCCUGAUUGAGAAGUUGCAGAACCUGGGCCUCUGUACUUCCCUCUGCAAUUGGAUCCUCAAUUUCCUAACCAGAAGACCACAAUCUGUGCAGAUUGGUGAUAACAUAUCCUCCUCACUGACAAUCAACACUGGCGCACCUCAGGGGCGUGUGCUUAGCCCACUGCUCUACUCUCUAUAUACACAUGACUGUGUGGCUAGGCAUAGCUCAAAUGCCAUAUACAAAUUUGCUGAUGAAGCAACCAUUGUUGGUAGAGUCUCAGGUGGUGACGAGAGGGCAUACAGGAGUGAGAUAUGCCAAUUAGUGGGGUGGUAUCGCAGCAACAACCUGGCACACAACGUCAGUAAGACGAAAGAGCUGAUUGUGGACUUCAGGAAGGGUAAGAUGAAGGAACACAUACCCAUCUUCAGAGGGAUCAGAAGUGAAAGUGAGCAGUUUCAAGUUCCUGGGUGUCAAAGUCUCUGAGGAUCUAACCUGGUCUCAACAUAUUGAAGCAGUCAUAAAGAAGGCAAGACAUGAAAUAUACUUCAUUAGGAAUUUGAAAAGAUUUGGUAUAUCAACAAAUACACUCAAAAACGUCUAUAAAUGUACCGUGGAGAGCAUUCUGACAGGCUGCAUCACUGUCAAGUAUGGGGGGGGGCUUCUGCACACCUAAAGAAGAUGCAGAGGGUUGUAAAUUUAGUCAGCUCCAUGUGGAGGCAGCAUGCAUUAUUAAGGACUUCCAGCACCCAGGGCGUGCCCUUUUCUCACUGGUACCAUCAGGUAGGAAGUACAGAAACCUGAAAGCACACACUCAGUGAUUCAAGAACAGCUUCUUCCCCUCUGCCAUUCGAUUCCUCAAUGGACGUUGAACCCUUGGACACUACCUCACUUUUUUAAUAUAUAGUAUAUUUUUUGCAUGAUUUUAAUCUACCCAAUAUACAUAUACUAUAUAAGGUAUACUGAAUAAGAUUUUUUUUUAUUUAUUUAUUUAUUUAUUUAUUAUCUUAUUUUUUUCUUCUAUAUUAUGUACUGCAUUGAACUGCCGCUGCUAAGUUAAUAAAUUUCACGUGCCGGUGAUAACAAACAGGAUUCUGAUCUUUGCAAACCGCUUAAGACGAGUAGAGACGCUGCCGUGCUUUUUUCAUAAUUACAUUUAGUUGCUGGGCCCAGGACAGGUCCUCCGAAAUAAUAACACCGAGGAAUUUAAAGUUGCUGACUUCUCUGCCUCUGAUCCUCCGAUUGGGGUUAUAAAUUUCUUACCCCUUGCUUACCUAAAAGUCUUUUUGGAUCAUUCUGCGAGGUUUUUUUUAUUCUUUUUGUCUCACUUUUAGGUUUUCGUACGUUUAGUACGGCAAAAGAAAUACAGGGCCGAUGUUGGAAAAUCCGAACUGUUAAGAAGAGCAUUGAUUUUCUGCUGAAAGGUUCGAAAUGAACAAUUGUCGAGAACCAGGUCCAUUCCAACAAGUGAUCGGAUGUCCCACGGCACUAUUCUAUGGGUGCACGCAACGUGCCGCUAUAAUACGCGUACCGAAACAUGAGAUUACGAGUCUGACAAAAGAAGAAAAAAAUAAAAAGACAUUUAAAAUAUGUUUUCGUUGAUGGGAUAGCUUAACUACGGCUUCACUUUGAGCUCAUGGUGUGCAACAGUGACGAUCCGUCCACAAGCCGAAGGCGCCACUGGGAUUUGUAGUCAAACGUCUGAUUAACUACAAACCCGACAGGCCUUGCGUUCCACGCAUGCGUGGACCCAGCCUGUUGCCUGAUCCUUGAGAGGUUGAUGCAUGAGUUCAGGGAUGAACAGAAAUAAAAAUGAAGAUGAUGACUAUUGGAACAGCACAAAAUACAAAGGCUUCAUGUUUGAAAAUGAUGAUGAUGAAUUUGCCGAGCUGAAGGAGUCCAAGCGAGCAGUGAACAGCCUCCACAGCAUCGUGAGUGAUGAUGAUGACGAUGUGGAGAAGGUCAGCUGGAGCGGAGAGCCUGUUGGAAGUAUUUCCUGGUCAAUCAAAGAAAAUGCAACAGGGGGCCGAUCGGGAGAUCUCAGGGAGUUGUCUGCCUCAAGGUCUAGCUCGGACACAAUGCAUCAGACUACUUCCAAGCCUGCCUCCUCUUAUUCUCUAAGCAGCUUUUUCAAAGGUAAAAGGGAUUCUUCAAGUGGUUUAUUUGGGAUCAGCCGGCCUGGGAGUUUCCAGACACUUUCUGAUUCUGUCACAGGCAUACCCUCCGGAUAUGCACCUGAUCUACGUAAGUCAAAGGCAGAUUAUAAGGACUUUUCGACGGACUGGAGUCCAGAGCAGACAGUUAGACAGAUGCAGAAAGGACGAAUGUACUCCUUAGAGAGGUUUCGUUCUCUGAAAGACAAACUGCUUCUUGUAGAUGAAGCUGUGCAAACACACGAUGGAAAUGUCAUCACUGCUAUUUUGAUCUUCCUGAAGAAAACAUUAAACAAAGAGGUCCUGUUUCGAGAGCUGCAAUACAAGCAGCUUGCUCUGCAGCAAUUUGUCCACUAUCUGAAGGAGACGGGAGAACAGAAACUACUGAUGGAGUUGCUCAGAGCCCUGGGGAGGACAGAAGAGGCAGCACUCUUGCACUACAAGGAACACUUGAAUAUCAAAGACCGUGAUAAGAAGAAAGAAUAUUUGAAAAGCUGUAUUGGGCUCCCAUUUGCGAUUGAUGAUGGCACCUUUGUUGAAGAUCACUAUACACUGUUGGAGAGACAGAUUAUUAUUGAUGAGAACGAUAAACGUGUUGAGGCAUCCAAACAGAUGAAGGUGUUCAAUGAGCACCCCAGGAAGGCUUCCAUCCUGUACAUGCCACUCGUGACAACACUCUACUACUCCUGCUUUUAUCAUUAUGGAGAAUCGGAGGGAACGUUCAGUAGUCCAGCAAAUUUGAAAAAAACCUUCAAGAUUUCAGACAAACAGUACUUACUUACUGCACUGGCAGCCCGUGCCAAACUGAAGGCUUGGAAAGACGUUGAUAGCCUAUUUAUUACAAAGAACUGGUUAGGAUAUACCAAGAAGAAAGCACCGAUUGGAUUUCAUCGAGUUGUCGACAUCUUGGACAAGAACAAUGCCCCAGUUGAGGUUACUCAGGAAUACAUAGCUUUAGUGGACAACACAGAACUGAAGUUAAACCUUGCAACAAAAUUAAAGUGUCAUAACAUUGUGAUUGAUACAUACCGGGAUCUUAGAGAUCGCCAGCAGCUGAUUCAAUACAGAAACAAAAUAGACAGAAACUCCCAAGAGCAGCUGAAGAUAGACUGCAUCCUGAGCAAUUCUCAAAUCAGAUGGAAAAAUUGAUGGCUACAGGUUCGUUGCCAGAUUGUCUCCAGUGCUGAAGAGAGCAGAAGGUUGGAGAACCUGGUAAUGAGGAUGAGAAAGCAUCAUCUUCAUCCACUUUCUGAGAACCACCGGAUUCUUCUCCCUUGUGUUUAUAAUUAAUAAUUAUGGGAGCUUACAUGUACUAUCCAUGUAUACUUCAUGUGUAUUCAGUGGUUCCUUUUCAAGGGUUGUGACUUUUAAUAAUGGGGGGAGGAAUGUGGGAGAUGCCGAAGCAAAGUCAGACUCAAGGAAGAGGUGUAGGUCUCCCAGCCGUAAGUAUGAAUACAUGAAGCAUAUCGUCGUAUUGUUUAGGAAUACAGCAGUUUGGUUUUAGACUUUGCACGUUUCUGGUCAAACUCACUGAUAGGACUUUGAAAGAUGAACAAAAGAUACUGUUGAAAAAUAGCCUAUUUAUCAUCUGAGUCUGUGAGUCCUUCAGUACUCCUGAAUCUCCCCCCGCCACGUAAUCUACAGGAGUCUAAUUCCCUACCAUUAUUCCAGCAUUAACGAGAGGUACAGUACUUGUACAGAAAACAGUAAGAAUACAUUUGUAAUAAAGUGCCAAACUCCGGAACCUUUCUAUGUUUGCAG